AUGGCGACGUGUACCCUUGCCUGCUGGAGAUGCAGGUGGCUCCUGCCCCUUCUCCUGGGCUUAGCUAUCAUCUUGGGCAUCAUUGCACUGUCCGGCCGGGGCUGGCUGGAAUCGGAGUCAGCGCCCUACCAGCACCAAGCGUCAUUAUGGGAGAGCUGCACCCUGUGGGACAAUGACCUCAACUGGCAAUGCCAGUCCCUCAUGGACUACUCCUGGGGAAGAGCAGCAGCUGCCACCUACCUCGUCGGCUUCAUCAUCCUAGUCAUCUGUUUCGCCCUAGCAGUUAUUGCGUUCUCCGUUGAUAUACUUCGUUUCAACUUUGUGCGAGGAAUCGGUGGCUUGCUCUUUGUCGUUGCGGUAUUCCAGAUCAUAUGCCUGGUCAUCUAUCCAGUGAAGUUCACAGAAGAAAUCCAAAUGAUGGGAUCUAAUAUGUUCAGCUGGGCAUACGGCUUUGGUUGGGCUAGCACUAUUAUUGUAAUAGGCUGUGCUUUCUUCUUCUGCUGUCUCCCGAACUGGGAGGAUGAGGUGCUGGGUAACAUCAAGCCGGCAUAUUAG